GGGUUCAAUUUAUCGAAUUUAUAAAAAAUAUGAUAAAGCUUUGGUUGAUCUGAAUCGAGUUAUCCAAAAAGAUCCGAAUAAUGCUUUAGCAUUGUGUGAACGAAGUGCUGUUUACAGAGAACAAGGACAAUUUGAUGAUGCUUGGAAAGAUAUAGAAAAAAU